CGUUUGAACGGAACGGGUUUAGUUUCUCAUGAAGCGAUGGCUUCCACGGCCAGUGUCAUCCUUUGGUCAAUCGCGGUUGUGCUUCUGCUGUAUCGUUGCUUCAAGUUUCUGUUCGGACGACCGCCCAACUUCCCCAAGGGACCUCCAAGGUUGCCAGUGCUCGGUGGAUAUGGCAUUAUGCUGAUGCUCAACUAUAACCAUCUGCACAAGGCUGCUUUGAAGCUGAGCGAGUUUUAUCGGACGAAAAUUUUGGGUAUUUAUUUGGGUGAUUUUCUGACUAUCGUUGUCAACGACAUGACGGUGGCGAAGGAAAUAAUGAACCGUACCGAGUUCGACGGCCGGUCGGAUAUGUUCUUGGCACGGCUGAGAGAACGUAAUUUUCAACGCAGAGGACUAUUCUUCACCGAAGGUCCCGACUGGAAGGAACAGCGCCGGUUCGUUUUACGACAUCUCCGGGAUUACGGAUUUGGAAGACGUUUCGUCGAGUUAGAAGCCGAGACGGAAAGUGAAAUCAUGAAUUUGGUGGAUAUGUUGAAGUACGGUGCAAAGUUUGAACACGAGCGACCGUUGCUCGAAGACCAUUGUGCUAAAUGUCCGGAUGUGUUUUACGGUAGUUUUACCAAUCUCUACUUUCAAGUGAUUUGUGGAGAACGUUUUUCACGAAAGGAAAUGGCAGAGUUUUUUGAAGCCGGUCGCUAUGCGCUUCAGUUUCAGCAGAAAGGAGACGACUACGGUACGAUUCUGAGUUACCUGCCGUGGCUUAAAGAUUACUUCCCAGAGGCAACGAACUAUCGCACCAUGCGUGAGGCAAACCUCAGAAUGACCGAUCUGCUAGAACCGAUAAUGCAACGGUACAUGGCUUCGUACGAUCCAAAACACAUCCGUUGCUUUCUGGAUCGCUACAUCAAAGAGAUGCAACAAACAACACCGCUAGAAGGGAAUCGUUUUACCUUCCAGUACGAUCAGCUAGUGAUGAUCCUGUGGGACUUACUGUUUCCGACUAUGUCUGGUUCGGCAAUACAACUAUCCAUGCUGCUGGAACGGGUACUGCUGAACCCCCACGUAGGCAGCAGAGUGCAACAGGAACUCGACGAUGUCGUUGGACGCGAACGAUUACCCAACCUGGAUGAUCGAGCUCAGCUGCCAUACACGGAAGCUACCCUACGGGAAGCGUUACGCAUCGAUACGCUGGUUCCAUCGGGAAUCGCACACGUAGCUUUGGAGAGCACCAAACUGUGCGGCUACGAUAUACCGAAGGGAACCUUCGUUAUGCUCGGACUGCAUGCAAUUCAUCACCAACGAGAAAUUUGGGGUGAUCCGGAAAACUUCCGGCCAGACCGGUUCCUUGACGAACGGGGUAAACUAUCACUGGCAAAGGAUAUAUCCGUUCCAUUUGGGGCGGGCAAGCGACUUUGUGCCGGGGAAACAUUCUCACGCAACACACUGUUCCUGAUGUUUUCCGCAAUUAUGCAGAAUUUUAAUCUUAAAAUCAGACCCGGUGAUAAACGGUCGAGUUUCGGCGAAAGAGUGACCGGUGUAGUCACAUCAACAAAACCGUUUUGGAUUCAUUUCGAUCCAAGAUAACUUUAGUCUAGUUACAAAUAUGGUUAAGUGAAAAUUUUGCUAGAUUACCUUAAGU